GCAAGCAUGCUAACCCGUUAUUACCACAGUUCAGGCAGCAACAUGUUUCCAGUUUUGUGUCUAGAAUUGUUCAGUGUUGUAUCUGGAAUUCCAUUUCCAUAUUUCCAGAAGCUCUCUUUUGCCAUUUCAACAUCUUAUUCCAUGUCAUAUUAUUUUUCAAUGUCUAACUCUCGUUUCCAUGUUUCUGUCUUUCUCUGUCUCUUUUAUCCUAUGCAGCCAUUCAAUCAGAGGGUGUCAAAUUUGUCAUGUUUUCCCGUGAUGAACUCAACUUACAGAGCUGCGUACAGAUCACAUGCAGUUGCUGUACAGCGUGCCAGAUCUGGAGUAAUCACCAACACAGCAAAAUCGCUGGAUAUUCUUCGACAAAACUUGCAGCGCAGCAUCAACAAAGAGAUUACAGAGAUCAUCAAGAGAUACACAGAUAAAUUUUUCCAACCUGCCCUGGAGAAUAUAAAGCAGAACACCAAUGAGAAUUUUAUCGGAGAUGAACAUAUAAACUACGUCUGUCGCCAGAUCCUUGAAGAGGCAAAAGCUGAAUACAUGUCUGACUCAGGAAGACGGAGUGUCACCCCUUCCGAUAUACCAGAUAAUCUUUCAGAUACAGGAAGCCUUGGAGGCAGAAGAUUGUUUAUGAAGAGAAGUCGUGUGUCAGACAGUGAUUCUGAGAAAGGCAGUGAUGGGGGCUUCAAGAGAAAGUUGGCUAAGAAGAAAGGAAGACCUGUUUUCCACAGUUCUGGGAGAGUCACACCAUCCAAGACUUUCAAAUCUGGGGAACCGAUCAAGCGUGAAGGCCCUAAGUGGGAUCCAGAACGUUUGAAAUUGGAUACAUUGUUUGUGAUGGGAGCUAGAGCAAACAAGGCACUGGGGUUGGGCAACACAAGAGGCAGGCUCUAUAUAAGGCAUCCGGAUGUGUUCAAGUAUAUCGGAGACCAGGAUGACAAGCAGUGGCUGUGUGAGCAUAAUCUGAUGCCACCGACGGGGGGCAAGGCCUACAUGCUGUUGCUGGAGGACAUCGAGGAUCUCAGCCGCACAGAUGAAUACAGGGACAGUCCAGCCCUGAUGAUGCACGAGUGUGUGGGUUUCACAGUGCCUGAGUGGAUGCUGGUGAAGAUCAAAGAUCAGAUGGGUGCCUUGAGGUCAGACUCCAGUAAGAGAAGCCUGUCCCAUUCUCCUGCAAGUGAAUUUGCGGAGUUUACUCAGCCAAAAGUGUUGCCAUUUACUGCUUUUACAGACACUGGUAUCAAAGAUGAGGCAGGGGCAUCACCAGUCGACACAGAAGAAAUGGAUUUUCUGUCUACAGCCGAAAACGAUGACACGCAACACUCAUCAGGAAUCUCCCCAUUUACCGUCACGGGUGGCUUUGAAGAUGGCGUCUCACCUUCACCUUCUGAACUCGACCCAGUAGAAGAUCAGACUCCGGUAUCAAGUUUGUUCUCAUAG